AGCGCGUGGGGCUGUCGCCGCUGUAGGUGUGUCACCGGGUGUGAGCGCCCGCUGCUCCUCUGGGGGGAUGUCGGGCCGCCCGCCGCGGCAGGAGGACGGGGAGAGCGCGGCGCUGCGCCAGAUGGAGGAGCUGAGCCGGCGGAUUAAAGAGCAGAAGGUUGUAGUAGAUGAGCUUUCUAAUUUGAAGAAGAACAGGAAGGUUUAUAAGCAGCAACCCAAUAGCAACAUAUUCUUCCUUGUGGACCGAACAGAAACGCUGUCUCAAUGCAAAAAUACAUUAGAUGAAUUAAAGAAGGCACACCAGGAGAUGGAAAAUGCAGAAAAAGCUAAAAUGAAGAAAUAGUUCCUGUGAAUUCAGUGUCAUAAUGUGUGGUAUUUGUUGUGUUGUUACUUUGCGUGGCCAACAUUCUAUUCCUGAU